AUGGCCGACCAUCAUGACUUCCACCACGAAGAGAGCGGUGACCCCGCGAGAAUGGUGCAGCGACGACGCCGACCCCCACUCUCAUGCACCGAAUGUCGACGACGUAAGCUCAAAUGUGAUCGGUCGCUACCAUGUGGCCAAUGUAUUCGCUCAAAGACUGCCGACUGCUGUGUCUUUGUUGGUCCGCAACCAGUGACUAGCUCGGAGUCUUCGCAUCGCAUGUCGCCGCCUCUAUCGCGCACCCGUCUGCCUAAUGGCCACGACGACCAGUCCCAAACGUCAGGGGGCAUGUUUGUUUUUGAUGCCAAACUAGGGCCGAAAUCAAGCUCUAAUCGUACUCCCGAAACUUCCAUCUCCGAUGUAUACUCCGAAAUCACCACCUCUCAGAAUAGCUCAGAUGCGCUGGGUGUUGAUGAUAGAGUGCGCUUCUUGCCUGAUUCGAGUUUCCGAGGCAAAAAGGGCAAGACACGCUACUUUGGUCGAAGCCAUUAUACGACAACGGUAUCCUUUUUCCAAGACAUUGGGUCUUUCCUACGGCGUGGCCGCAACAACUGCAAAGAUGCCGAAUACACCGACAUGAAAAAGUUCAAAUGUGACUUAUGGUCCCGAGAAAGCAAGGACCACCAGAGCGCUUUUCGAGAGCAAGCUUUCAAAUUGGACGAGAUGGUUCCUUCACGAGAAGUGGCCGACCAGCUUCUUGGCUUAUAUCUGGACACCUUUGAGACCACAUUUCGCAUCCUACAUAUUCCCACGUUCUUGAAGCAAUAUGCCGACUACUGGGCGACUGGCCAGAAAUCAGAUUCAUCAUUCAUCGCUCAACUACUCGCUGUGAUGGCAGCAGGGAGCUGCUUCUAUACACCAUCUGCAGAGCGGGAUGACCGAGAUUCUUACCAGAAUCCAGCAAUGAAGUGGAUCAUGGCCGUGCAGUCCUAUAUCUCUUGUACCUUUGUCAGUCCGAGUAUUGACUUCAAGAUGAUCCAGACUCAAUGUCUAUUACUGGUUGCACGACUCGGGGUCGCCGGGGACGGAGAUGUUGCCUGGGCUUCCUCUGGAUCUUUGAUCCGAUCUGCCAUCACAAUGGGGCUGAAUCGGGAUCCGUCACGAUUUCGCAAAGCCAUGUCGCCAUUCUGGGCCGAACUUCGCCGGAGGCUUUGGAUGACCAUUGUAGAGCUGGAUCUGAAAAUAUCCCUCGAUCGCGGUGUGCCGCCAUCUGUGGACCUGGACGAGUGCGAUUGCGACGCACCGUCAAACUGGGAUGAUAACGAAAUGUUCGAGAAGAUGGAACACAGCCCUACCGAAUCUACCUUGACAAAUACUAGUCAAAACUUCUACCAGACAAUCCUGGUAAAAACAUUACCCCUGCGAUAUCGAAUCGCCCGCAAGAUCAAUACCCUCAACUUCAACCUGUCCUAUGACGAUGCCCUGCGCAUGGGAGAAGAGCUUCUCCGGUCGACAAAACAUGCUUCAUCGUUGUUUGACGAUCACACACCAGACAUCGACCCGAUUAAAACGGCACGUCAUCGGUUCGCCCAGUCUCUACAUCUAUUCUUGAUGAGAAAAUUCCUCCUCGCUUUGCAUCGCCCGUUCUCGCUCAGCGUGGCGCGUCUCCCAAAAUGUUCGUAUUCUCGAAAGGUAUGCUUGGAAGUUUCUCUGGACAUGUUGUCUCAAAUGGAACUUCCCCCAUCCCCCCAAAGCAUCCAGUACCCGCACAUCACUCAAUUGGGAAGUGGGAUGUUCCGGGAUGAGAUAUUUCACGCCGCGAUAACAGUUUGCGUGGAACUUUCACUCCAGGCGCAAGAAAUGAGCCAAUCUCUUGGACCGACAAUGGAAGGCGUAAACUCCAGUGUCUUGAUGAGUAUGGUUCAGUCUCAACAAAGCGUCAUGCUGCAAGCUGUGGAUCGAACCAUGAAUGAUUUCGGACGACGCAUCGGCCCCAGUGGCAAGGGUUGCAAGCCGUACUUUUUCUUGACCCUUAUUCUAGCAUCGGUCAAGUCGCGUAUCAAGGGGGAGGACCCAAUGGUCAACGUUGAAGCGUCGUCGAAGAGAGCAGUUAGAGUUUGCCGGACAUUAUUGAAUGGCGUCUCGUAUGCAGAUGCUUUAAUCAUUGCCGACCGCCAGGCUGGCCAGACGCCAGUACUGCCUGCAAGCACGACUCCAGCGUCAGGGAUAUCGAAUGACUUUGAUCUUCCUUCCCUUUUUUCUGCAGACUUGGGUGAUUUUACGCCGUUGGAUCUGGGUGGCUGGUUUGAUAAUCUUGAUUACAGCGGCACGGAGCCUUGGGAUGGCAACCUUUUUGGGGGCUUGCCUUCAAGUAUAUAG